AUGGAUUUAAAACAGUAUCCAGCUGAGGAAUGCCAGGAGCGAGUGCCAGUAUUGAUUCAUCACGGACUGCUGUCCAGCUCGGCGGAUUGGGUCCUCCUGGGCCCCAACAAAGCUUUGGCAUAUUUACUAUCCGAUAACAACUAUGACGUCUGGCUCGGCAACUCUAGGGGUAACGCUUACUCCAAGAAGCACAAAAUUUAUUCUACGAAGGACAGAGAAUUUUGGGACUUCAGCUGGCAUGAGAUCGGUUACUUCGAUCUACCGGCGACUAUUGAUUACAUUCUCGAAUGUUCGAACCAGAAAGAAUUAUUGUACGUCGGCUACAGUCAAGGGACCACUGUGUUCUAUGUUAUGGCUAGUGAAAGGCCGGAGUACGCUAGGAAAGUCAAGGGCAUGAUCAGCAUGGCUCCUAUCGCGUUCUUGUCAAAUCAGAGGAGCCCGUUACUCAAAUGCGUCGUACACUUCUACGGGUUGUUGGAGUGGGGCUCGGAGUACUGCAACGUACAUCAGUGGUUCCCUCGGAAUAGGCUGCAGGCGAAAGCCCUAGGCACGAUCAUCAGGAACGCUCCGGAUAAUUUUACUAAGGGUUUCUGCGUUUGCUGGUUCUCGCUGAUCGCUGGGUUUGGGAGCGAUCAGUUGGACAAGUCGAUGCUACCGUUGAUACUGGCACAUUUCCCUGCCGGCGCCUCUGCCAAACAGAUCGUCCAUUACGGGCAAACUAUUUUAUCAGGAUCGUUUCGGAAGUUCGAUUAUGGUCCGAAGGACAAUUUGAAGAUCUACGGUUCGACCCAGCCGCCAAAAUACGACCUGGAGAAGGUGAAAACCCCCGUCGUUAUCUUCUACAGCGAGAACGAUUUUUUAACAGACCCGCGCGAUAUUAAGAAACUUACGGAUAGAUUACCGAACGUGAUUGAUACGAGGAGGAUCGAGUAUUCGAAGUUCAAUCACGUCGACUAUCUGUGGGGUAGGGAUGCCAAGACAAUCUUGUAUAAUCAGGUAUUGGCUGUUUUAAAACGAUUCAAAUGAAAUUAUCAGGUGAGUCUAUAAAAGAAAAGUUUUAAUCAAAGAGAUCAAUCACGAUGAAUAAAUAUA